AUAGAAGUGGUCAGUUGUUUGUUGUUGGUGUUGUUGGUCAGUCUGUCGGCCUGCCUGCUCCUCUCCAUGGGACUCUUCAGAGAUUUCGAAGUCCUCCUCUGCUUUGUCGUUGCCAGCUCUCAAUACUCACUCAUCAAGAGUGUUCAGCCGGAUGCAGCUUCACCAAUGCACGGCCACAACCACAUAAUCGCCUUCAGUCGUCCCAUAUACUUCGUCCUCUGCUCCACAUCUCUCAUCAUUCUACACUCCCUUUCAUCACUAUCUCCCUCCUUCAUCAACCAACAUCAUCACCAUGUUCUUCAUCGUCGUCAUGACGAGUACUCUGCUGACCUUACCAUCUGCCUGCCCCUCAUCUUCGUAUUUGGCCUUCUUCCCCAGAUCAACACCUUCCUCCUCUACAUCUUCGAACAAGUGGAGAUACAUAUCUUCGGGGGAACUGCUCUGACCAGCCUCACGGGAGCAUUCUUCAGUAUGACGAGAAACAUCAUCUGCCUAUCAAUCCUCUAUGCUUUUUGUCUCGGCUCUUUAUGGGUUAGUUGGUUGCCGAACACCGUGCAGCACCUCUUGUUUUCCAUCUUUUGUGGAGUGCUCGUCUCCAUCGCCUACCACCUCAGCAGAUACACCAACAACCCCAUCGUCAUGUUGUUAGUUGGAAGUGAUGGUGGUAGUAGUAGCGGUGUCGGUGGCAGUGGAGGUAGCGACAAGUCAGCCUCGACGGAUCCGCUCACUCAACAAUUGGAAAAAUCAGUGUCCGACAGACUGUACUCGGACAUCAUCACCUGCCUCUUCACGGCCAUCAUCGUCUUCGCUGUCACCAAGAGUACUGCCUUCACGAGUCCCGCUCUGCAGCCUUUUUUGCUCGACCUUCUCAUCUACACCACCUCCGUCAUCGGCUUCAUCUUGCACUACAUCCUCCCCCAACUGAGGCUGGAGACUCCCUGGAUGUGCCUCUCACAUCCCAUACUCAAGUCCCCGGAGAGAAAUUUAUUUGAGGUUAAAGGACCCUCACGCGUCAUGCCGUACGAGAAGUUCUACCUGUGGAUGUGUUUCGUGGAGAGGAACAUCUUCCUGCCCGCCACCCUGCUCAACGCCCUCAACAUUUCCGUCUGCUCCAUGGUGGAUGCUGGUGGUGAUAGUGGUGGUGCUGGUGUCAAUAUUUUCUUGGUCAUCAGCGUGUGUGGUCUAAAGAUGUUCCGAUCGUCAUUCAACCACGCCUCAUCCCAGUUCUACACCAUAUUCAUCACCAAGCUACUCUUCAGCUAUGAUUACGCUCACUAUUCUCGAACAUUCCUCGUCGAUUAUUUUGUGGUCUCGAUUCUUCUUUACAAAAUACGGGAGCUGAUGAUGAAGUUGAAGUUCAUAAUGACGUACAUAGCACCCUGGCAGAUCACUUGGGGUUCCGCUUUCCAUGCAUUCGCACAACCCUUUUCCAUACCUCACUCGGGUCUGAUGUUCUUACAAACCCUUCUUUCAUCCAUCACCUCCUCUCCUGUCAGUCCAUUUUUUGGCAGCACCAUCUUCCUCAUCUCAUACCCCAGACCAAUCAAGUUCUGGGAGAAAGAUUACAACACGAAACGCCUGGACAACACGAACACGCGGCUGGCACUUCAAAUCGACGCUGCAGGUGUGAAAUCUGACGACGACAACCUGAACUCCAUCUUCUACGAGCACCUCACACGCUCCCUGCAGCGCUCCCUGGCGGGGGACGUGGCCCUCGGCAGGUGGGGUGAGGUGCGGCAGGGAGAUUGUUACGUCAUGGCGUCUGACUACCUCAAUGCUCUAGUCCAUGUUGUAGAGAAGGGCAAUGGAUUUCUGACCUUUCAACUUCGUGGAUUGGAGUUCAGAGGAACCUACUGCCAGCAGCGUGAGGUGGAGGCGAUAUCGGAAGAUGUUGGAAGUAACGCAGGUUUCUGCUGCUGCAAACCUGGCCACCUUCCACAUUUCCUGUCCGUCAACGCUUCAUUUGGUCAGAGGUGGCUGGCUUGGCAGGUAAUAGCUGGAAUGUAUGUGUUGGAGGGCUACAGUGUGUCCGACAACAGUGCUGCCACCAUGCUACAUGCCUUUGAUUUCAAGAAGAUGUUCAUCACCUAUUAUGUUAAAUGCAUCAUCUACUACACCAUUCGUUCUCCAAAACUGGACAGCUGGCUGACCAAUGAGAGCCUCCAACAAACUUUGACCCAAUUCUCUUCACCUUCAUACGUCGAUGUUGACCCAAUUUUUACGUCAACCAUCGAUAUUGAUUAUGAUUUCAGGUUACAGGGUGUUUCGAGAGGAAGUUUUGUUGGAGCGUACAGUGAUUGGAUCAAGUACUGCGCCCAAAGGAGAGAUGAGAACAUGGAUACUACGUGCGAUUCCUUCCUAGCCACGCUGUGUUACACAUUAAGCUUGUUGUGCAGGAGGUCCCUGUAUGUUGAUGCCCACCAUAAUUCAUCCAUCAAUGACAUCCAGUUUUUCUUGUACGGUCUGUACAACUUGUUCAAGGGGGACAUAAGGAUCAAUUCGUUGAAGGAUGAGUGGGUCUUCAUGGACAUGCAACUUUUGAAGAGGGUCGUUGCCCCCGCUGUAAGAAUGGCCCUGAAGCUACACCAGGACCACUUCAUAUCGCCAGAGGAGUACGUCAGGAACCAAUCAUUGUACGACUCUAUAGCCAGCUACGAGAACGACAUGGUUAUAUCGCAUGAAGGUGAUCCAGCUUGGAGGAAUGCUGUUCUAUCCAACGUUCAAUCGCUCCUUUCAUUAAGGCAUGUGAUGGACGAGGGCAACAACGAGUACAAGAUCAUCAUGCUGACCAAGAAGUACUUGAACUUCAGGGUCAUCAAGGUGAACAGCGAGUGUGUGCGUAGUUUCUGGUCGGGGCAGUUGCAGGAACUCAUUUUCUUGCGUAACAACAACUCCGAACGUGGGAGCAUCCAGAACGCCAAGCAGAGUUUGAGGAACAUCAUCAACUCCUCCUGCGACCAGCCCAUCGGCUACCCCAUCUACGUCUCCCCCCUCACGACCUCUUACCUCGGCACCAACCCACAGUACGUGUCUGUGGCUGGCAAAGAAAUGGAUUGGUGGGCUAUGUUCUCUCUCUUCCGAAGGUUCUGGUCCAGGUUGAAAACCAGGUGCAACAGUAGCUGUGCCAGCGGUCGCUCCAUCAUGGCCGUCGACGACCCAACCACUUCGUGCCGCAACCUCUCAAUCAACAACAACAACAAUAACAUCAACAACAACAAUAAUAAUAAUAAUUUAAUCAAUGUUAACAAUAGCGGUAAUAACAACAAUAGUAUUAACAUUAAUAAUAAUACAAAUAACAUUAAUAAUAAUAGUAAUAAUAAUAAUAGCGUAAAUAAUGGUUCUUCAUCGGCAGUACCGUUGAGGAAUAAAAGGAGCCAACUCAAUGGCGGAAGUCUUGUGUCCACAGAUUCCAGUGGAAAGCCAAAUUUGGCUCUGUCUAGUCUCGUUGGUCUUGUUAACGAUCAACAAAAGCAACAACAAUCGCAACAACAACAAACUCAACAACAAAUGUCUCAACAACCGCAACCUCCGCAGCAACAACUGCAGCUUCAACAGCAGCAACAGCAACCUCUGCAGCAACAGCAGCAGCCACAACCUCAAAUGAAAGAAGUUAUCACUCAAAGAGUUCAGAUCAUCGACCCCAGCAAGAUGUUCGACAACAUCAACCUCGGUCGCCCCAUCGAUGUGCAGUGGCCUUUUGAAACGUGGCGCAAAUUGGGAGGCCGUAAUGCCUGGGGGGGUUGGACGCCGGAAGCGGGAGUGGAAGGGAUACUGGUGCACCGCUGGACCCCCUGUCAUCGUGACCCCGUCAAAAGGUCAAACACCGAUAAGACCAUCCUCCUCGUUAAAGUUCUUGAUAAAUACGUUCCCAUGGCCGAAGGUGGUGUGGUUUAUCAGACUAGUGGUAGUGGCGGUUAUGGUAGUAGUGGCUUCGGUGGUGUUGAGUGAAUGUUUUUGUGUUUUGUGUGUGGUGUGUUUGUGUGUGUGUGUAUGCGUGUGUACGUGAGUGUUGAGCGUUUUGAUUUGCAACGUAUUCUCAUUACUAUCAUUGAAAUCAUUACUUUUUAUUAAAUACAGUUAACAAUGUUAAUGAUAAAUUUUAUUAUUAUUAUUCUUUUUUUUUCUUUCUAAGUUUUAAGAAGUUUUUAAUUUCUGCUUGGGUUUGCUCGUUUUUCGUUUUGUUUCACGCCAACAAUGUGGGAGAAUAAAUAGAGAUGUAUCAGUUAUUAUGUGUGCUAUUAUGAAUUACUUAAUGUUUUAUUAUUCUUCUGAUUCUU